UCACUCUUCGCGCCGCUUGUCAGAUUUCGAUGCGAACGCUCCUCAAGUCCACGCAACGCGCGGUGAGGUGAGGAGCAGCGAGUUGCCCGAUGACGAUUGGAGAUUGGCCAAUCGGAGCAAGCUCGGUCAGCGAGGCCUGUUUCGCUUCGAUUGGUCCGCACAACCGCACCCACGUCUUCGUGCGCGAUGCGAGUUUAAAGCGCUUUUGUCUUCGAACGGAAGAAGCUUUUCUUCAUCUAUUUCGCACUCCGCGGCGAACAUCAGCUGUUUGAUGACAGUUUGCCAACUGUGUAAGCAAGCCACGGGAGACGUACAGACAGUGGAAGAGGCUCAUUGUUUGGAAUGUAACUGCAAUAUGGCUAUCUGGUGAUUGCUAUUCGAGUCUUCGACGAGACAAAGGAACGUCGUAGUUCCCGCAACAAUUUGUGUCACUUUUUGCGUCAAACAUAAUAUAUAUAUAUAUAUAUCUUUUCUCUGGUUUGAUCCGAACCGAGUUGAAAAAAAAAAAAAAAGAAACGAGACGCGAUGUUGGAACUCGAGGUGGUGCCCGAGAGAUCUCUUGGAUGCGAACAAUGGGAAUUUAUUUUAGGUAUGCAUUUUUCCCAAUCGGUAUCGAUCAUCCAGUCUCAAGUUGGCGUCAUAAGAGGUGUGCAAGUACUUUAUAGCGACACUAAUCCAUUAGAAGUAGAUCUAGUAAUAAAUUUGCCUCACGACGGCAUUCGGCUUAUAUUUGAUCCUGUUGUACAAAGACUGAAAAUAAUCGAAAUCUAUAAUAUGAAAUUAGUCAAACUGAAAUACUGUGGUUUGCCAUUCAAUUCGCCAGAAGUAUUACCCUCAAUUGAACAAAUAGAGCACUCCUUCGGAGCAACUCAUCCCGGUGUAUAUGAUAGCGAAAAACAGGUGUUCGUUUUGAAUUUCCGAGGAUUGUCAUUUUAUUUUCCAAUUGAUUCGAAAUUUCAACCUGGUUAUGCUCACGGUCUGGGAUCAUUGCAGUUCCCUAAUGGAACAUCUCCUUUGGUGGCAAAAACAGCUAUUUACGUCGGAAAUAUGCCAGCUGGUACUAAUAGCGAAGAGCAUGGUUCAAAGACUCCGCCGCCAGCUCUGCCACUUGUGUGUUAUCACAACAACUUGUACUUGGAGAAAGCUGAUAUUAUCAGGGACAAGUCACGUACAAGAGGACUCAGAUUACGCCUCUUCACGGAAGGUAGUUCUGGAACAAGAGGAGUGUUGGAUCCGAAAAAACGAUGUUUGACCAAAGAAGUAUUAUUCGGCGACACUUGUGAAGAUGUCUUAAGCGCUCUUGGCGCCCCAUCCAGGGUGUUUUACAAAGCCGAGGAUAAAAUGCGCAUUCACAGUCCGCAUGCGCAUAAACGAGAUAAGAUAAGACGAUCGGACUUCUUUUACAAUUAUUUUACUUUAGGUUUGGACAUUUUGUUCAAUGCGAAAACUCAGUGUAUAAAAAAGUUUGUACUUCAUACGAAUUAUCCGGGACAUUAUAACUUUAAUAUGUAUCAUCGUUGUGAAUUCUCUCUGACUCUGCCACCCGAAAACAAUUCCACGGAAUCUGGAAAGUUAAUCGACGUUACUCCUUCUCCGGUUACGAUCACCGCGUAUACAAAGUGGGACAGAGUGAGCGAGCAAUUGAAGGCGAGUGCACGGCCCGUGGUGUUGAAUCGCGCGUCAUCGACCAACACCACGAACCCAUUCGGUUGCACGUUCUGUUACGGGAUAAGGGAUGCGAUUGUCGAAGUUAUGGCCAAUCAACAUAUCGCUAGUGUGACUUUGUAUAGAACAGUGUGACCUUGAUACUUUAUAUAAUGCACUUGAGUAACUUGGUUCAUGACAAAAACACAAUUAUGUAUAAAGAUGAUAAACUAUAUAUAUAUAUAUACAUAUAUAUAAUAUAUCUUUCAAAAUUAAUUCUGCCAGUCAAAAACACAAAGUAGGAUAAAACAAUCUUGUAUACAACAAGAAAGAAUACCAGGACGCUUUUGUUUUUUUUUUUUUUUUGUAUAUUCUUUGUCAUCAAUAUUUCAAAACACAAUGACGUGAAGAACCGGCUGUCGAUUGAGCACAAGUAGGAUUUGAACGAUUGCUGAGAUGAAAAGAUCUUGGUUCUUCUGAGCUUUUGAAGUCUCGCAUGAAGAGAGAGAGAGAGAGAGAGUCACGCUGAAUUUCCGCCGCGACCUUGUUACGCGUGGAUUCGGUCGCGACAUACUGCCGUGUCUCUUGAUAGACGUUAGCUCUAUACGAUUCCAUAUCAAAGAAUCUAUAGCUAUAAGAAGAGGACACAUAUAAAGAUUUACAUUUGCGUUUGUUAUUUUCUGUUAAAAAAAAAGGGACAAUUAAGACACGUACGUGUAGACGAUAUUUCUACAAUAAGAUAAUUGAUCCAUUGUGGUUUUCUUUUUUUUUUUGUUUCGUAUAUGUUACGGUCAAUGAGCGGAUUUUAGUCACAUUUAAGUGUAACAUGUAUAUGAUGCGACCCACGCCUGUGGUAAUGAUUCGAAUAAAUAUUUUAAUCUGAAGACGCAAAGAAGCAGAAGAAAUCGGGCGAGAGAAUAUGAACAUUUUUAUAUAGGCAACAUAAUCUCUUUUUAAUCUACAAUUAUAAGGAUUGUUUUACAAUUACGUGUAUAAUAAUCUCAACCCGUAUACAUAAUUGUUCUUAAAGUAAAUAAAUAAAUAACUUUCACAAAAACACUCUCUUUCGUAAUGCAAAUUUUUUAACAUGGUCAUGUGAAGAAAAAAAUACUGAAAUAUGUAAGCUAAAAAAAAAAAAAGAUAUAGUGUUAGUUUUUAUCAUGUGAAGCAUUAAGAAAAAAAAAAAAAA